AAAUGGUUAUCAUAAAGAAUGAACAGAAUAUAUCGGUGCCCGAGUAUCUGAAUGCGGAGUUCUUCGUGGAUACUUUGGAAGAAGGUUUACGUGAAUCAAAAAUAACUCUCCAUGAACUCAAUUACGCCUGGGGUAGUAAUCCGGGUGACAACUAUUGUUCCGCCAUCUACCAAGUGCAGUUGAAAUUCACAAGAUGGUCUGAUGGCAAGGAGUCGUCGGAAAAGGAGCAAUUGUCGUUGAUUGUCAAGACGAUACCAAUUACACAGGACACACAAUUUCUGGAAGAUGUUCGUGUGUUCAUCAAGGAGAAGCAAACAUAUACAGACAUUUUACCCAGAUUGGAUAUCCUAAGCAAUGGCCAUAAAUUUGGUGCCAAAUAUUAUCAUUCUGUGAAAGCGCCAGUGCAGACAAUUGUCUUUAAUGAUCUGAAAACCGAUGGCUUCAGGGUGGCCUCACGGGAAGCGGGAUUGGAUUGGAAUCAUGCAUCGUUGAUUUUAAAGCAAUUGGGUAGAUUCCAUGCUACCUCAAUGGUGCUGGCCAAGAAGGAUCCCUCAAUUUUGAAAAAAUAUAACCAGGGCAUGCUAAGCGAGGGAACUUUAGUGAAGAGCGACACAUUUGAGGAAAUGUUUGGUGGCUUCCUAAAGGGACUCAUUAAAUGUUCAUCUACCUGGCCGGGCUAUGAAAAGAUUAGUGAGAAUCUUCAGCGUUUCUCCAACAAUUUCCAAUCUAUCCUGUUGGCUGCUUCCAAGCCAAAGCCCGGAGAUCGUUAUGUUGUUCUUAAUCACGGAGACUUAUGGACGAAUAAUUUCAUGUACGCCUAUGACGAUGCUUCCAAACCAAAUGUGCCAACUCGUUCGAUUUUCGUCGAUUUCCAACUCAGUUUCUACGGAAGUCCGGCUUGCGAUUUGAACUUUGUGUUGAACACAAGUUUAAAAUUGGAGUUACUUCAGGACAAACGUGAGGAAUUGAUUAAAACCUACUAUCAAUCUUUCAAAGAGGCUUUGGAAUAUGCUCGCUAUGAACAGAUACCCACAUACGAUGACUUGUUAUAUGAGUUGAGAAGUCGUGAGAUAUAUGGUCUAUUCGGUUUGUUUGCCUUCUUGCCUAUGAUAACCAUGCCCAAGGAAUUGGCUCAUGAUAAUAGCAUUGAGAACAUGAAAGAUGAAGCCUUCAAGCAAAAGAAAAUGACAGCCAUUUUCUCCCAGAAAUUCCUUAACGAUUAUCAAAAAUGGGCUCUUAAACGUGCCGAGUCCUUGGGCGUCUUUAACGAUUAUUAAAAUCCUAUGGAUGGAGAUAUGCAUCUCUUAAUAAAUAAAUCGAACCGAUUGCCAUCGAGGCUACAUUGGCUGACAUAGCUGCGUUUAACGAAGCAAUUGAAUUUGCUGAUUUGUAGAAUAUAUUCUAUAUAUGUGCAUACUCACAUAUGUAUAUAUGUAUUAUUGUAGAUUCAAAUGAUUAUAUAUAGAACAGAGUUCAAAUAAAAUAACCCAUCAUAGGGCUGAGACUUAAA